AUGGACUCAACCCCUUCACCAACCACGCCCGCCUACAACUACAAUGACGCUUCUCUCGUGCCUUUUGACAGUCUUUUGCGACCUGAUGCUACGUUGAACUAUCUUCCUUCACCCACGGGAAUUACGCCUUUUGUCGAGCAAGGCAUGAUGAUAGGUGUUCUGCCCCAAGAACCACUCGGACCCAAACAUCCGCAGCCCUUAGCGCCCGCAGUAUACCCUUCAAUGCCUGCAGCGGUUGAAAUGAAUCAGAUCCCUACUCCAGCUUUGUCCGCUGACGCUUCUGUAUCGUCCUCGUCAUCUGCGAGUCAACCUGUCCGACCAGUGACAGCAAACAACAAUGCGGUAUCGGCUGGCAAGAAGAACAAAUAUCCCUCGACCUUUACUACAUCCGGACACGCCGCAAGACACGGCAAGAAACACACUGGCGAGAAAGGAGUGCAUUGUCCUGUAUGCGACAAAGCAUUCACCCGGAAAGACAACAUGAAACAGCACGAGCGGACGCAUAAGAACCGACCUGCCAACGGCGAGGAAAAAAAGAGUAAAGCUCAAACAACGCGCGAUGCAAACAAGAGCAAGGACAUACCCAAAGAAGAAGUACCUGUACCGGCGCUGCCAGUUGUGCUUCAAAAUCCUGUCCAGAUACGUAAAUCGAGCUCAGGGCUUUCAAAUCCGUCCGACAUUACUUUGCCGCUCAAUCCUAUCGAUACACCUGUUGACACCAGCCCUUCGUUUUUCGCGGAUCCAACACCACAAAUCGUUUUGCCGACUGACACAGCACUGGACGCAGACUCUCUUGUCAAUUCUAUGUAUCCUCCCCUCAUCGACGAGCCUCUAGCAGCCACAGCAAUGUCUAUCAACGAAAAACUAGAAAUGCCGGUUCCUCAACCACCCACCCUGGUUCGAGGGUUUUCCGACUUAGAUACCUUGGCACAGGCUGCUGAGAGCCAGUACGAUCCAUAUUACCAACAACCACAAUUUUAA